GGCUCUUCGGGCCGCGGCGGCUGCGGCUGCAAGAGUUCAUCGAGGUGGAAGGCUCGGGCGCGGAGCGCUGCUACCUGUGCGCCGCAGUGGAAAGAAGCUGGAUAAUCCUUUGUUUGUCUUUAUUUUUUAACCAUCUUAUAAAAAAAAGUCAGAAGCAAAGCAUGUUUUAACAUAAAUAAGAUAAAUCUAGUUGAGUUUCAGAAUAGAUUUUCAAAAUUCCAGGCAUAAUUUAGAUAAGAAAGAAUCUUGGUCCUUCAUCUGUAGCAUCACAUUGUGUUGUCAGAGGUGACAGUUAGAGUGAUCAGCUGCGUUAAUCUCAAAGCUGGCUUGGGGAAGUGCUCUGCCCAGCAGCUGGUAUGCUGGAUGUGCAGAAGUUGUUUCAAGCUGCAGUGCUUUUCACACUAAUUGUUUCAUGUUAAAGAAGUCUGAUCUUCUACACAGCACUCAGUGUAAUCAAUUAAUAAUGGUAGUUAUUACAAGGAAUGUCUGCACGCUCUUUUUAUUCUCAUUUCCUGUCUAAGUCAGAAAACAGUUAUUUCUACAAAGACAGCACUGAACAAUGUGAGGCUUUAAGAAGUAUUUUCAGUGUUACUUUGGGUAAGUGACAUAAAUACAUUUGAUAGGGAAGUGAGAGUUUUGUUUAAAAAUAAGUCUGUAAGAGAACGUCAUCCUCAGAACAGAAAGCAGUCAUACCCACAAGAGCCUUGGUAGUGAUUUGGCAGUUCUCUGACUUUAGUACCCCCAAGGAUUCACUGUCAAAGUAAUCAGGAUACGUGGAUUAUCCCCACGGUUCCAGUGCUGGAGUUGGGCCUUCACUGCACUGUUGUGUCUAAAAGUGAAGAAGUAGAAAUAUGUAUGGUAAAACACUUUCGAGAUCGAGAAGAGAAAUAUGAAGUAGUUGAAAAGUGGUUUUUAAAAGAUCUGGAGAUGAUUGAUGGAAAAGAAGCAGAUACUGAUAAUCCAUAUUUUGAUAUGCACUUUCACGAAGUCUACAGUAUGGAGGCAUACAGUUGUGCAUCUAAAUACACCUUUGCUCGAACGCUAAGCAAUCUGAAUGAAACGUAUCUUAAAAAGGACUUGAAGAUUGUGAACUUUGAUAGCACCUACCUAAACGAUGAUUCGAUCUGGUCAUCCAACAAUAGGGAUUGUUUAGUACUUAUGAGAAUAUGCUUCUAUGCUUCCAACCUUUUAUGUCUCUCCUUGUGUCCUUUGUCCUGAAGAUGUAUUUUAUAACAUUAAAGGGACUGGUUGAUUUUGCUAACCAGCAUUUUAUAAAUUAUCUGAUGAAAAUAACAAUAAAUGAUACGUGAUAUCUGCUUUUUAAUUUUACCUAUAAGUCCACAGAGGAACCUCUUUUUUUUUUAAUAUCCGUCUGACCAUUAAUUUAUAUGUGUUAGAAGGGCCUUACUGGCAAAUAGAAAUACAUGAGGCUUUCAAAAAAAAAAAGGACAGUGAUUCCUAAGUUCAGUGGUGGUUGUUAAUGUAAGAUAAGUUUACAGUUUGCUAUAUGUUUAUAGAGGUAUAAAUCAUUUUUCAUGAAUAGCUAGAAAUAUUGGUAAAUAUUUUAAGAGCAUUAGCAGUUCAUUUACAUCCUAAAGUAGAAAAAUAAAACAAGAAAAAUGAAUUUUGCACAAGAAUGAUGCAUGUUUUCAUUUUUCAAAUGUGUUGAAAUACAGAACUCUGUUAAAGAGAUCACACCUGCAUAAAUACAUGAAUCAAAUACUCAUCCUGAUGAAGUAUGGAGUUUUCCAUUUGUGUACUGUGGGACCAGUUUUUACCUAUGCACUUACAGUGAUUUUUCCUCCUGAAUAUCAAGUGCUCCCUUCGACCUUUCCAUUACUUAUGAUAUUGUCAUAGAAACAUAAAAUGGAUAUUUUGAAGCAGAAUUAUUUUAUUUGUCAGACCUUUGAAAUCUUUUUUUUUUUUUUUUUACAUCACUAGUGUUUCUUUCUUGCAACUUGUUUAUGUACAUGAACAGGCCUGGUUAGGGAAUAGCACCUGUUUAUGUCUCUUCUCUGCCUCAGGACUAAAAGUUAACAACAUUGUCUCACUCCAAUUUAUAGGAGGGAGAGGAGGUUCUUUUAUUAUCUGUAUA